UUGGCUUUAAAAGUCCUGGUUUGGAUGGAACUAUAUGUAUAGUUUGGUCAUUUUGAGGUUAAGGUUGUAGUAAAGAAUGGAUAUGAUUAAAUUUACUCUUUUGGUGUUUCUUUAUCACCAGUUGCUAUGGCAAGGAAAUGUCUGGAGUCAGGGUGAGCUGCCAGUUAACACCACGGCGCCAGAGCGUCAGGGGGACGAAUCGCCAGCUAACACCACGACGCCAGAGCGUCAGUGGGACGAAUCGCCAGCUAACACCACGGCGCCAGAGCGUCAGUGGGACGAAUCGCCAGCUAACACCACGACGCCAGAGCGUCAGUGGGACGAAUCGCCAGCUAACACCACGACGCCAGAGCAUCAGUGGGACGAAUCGCCAGCUAACACCACGGCGCCAGGGCCUCAGGAGGAUGAGACGGAGACCACUUCUAGUGCCACCACACAGUCUCAGGAGAUGGAAACCACUUCUAGUGCCACCACACAGUCUCAGGAGACUGAGACCACUUCAAACACUACCUAAGCCUUGUUGAAUAGGUUUUUUGUUUUUUUUGGUGCUGUCUAGCUGCUUUGUCAAAAGUUGACUAACAAAAUAAAAGUUUAAUGGUU